AUGUAUUCGUCAUUUGUGAUGAACUCGAAGAAUAUACAGAUGCCAAUGGACGCCUACAACAACACUCAGUUCAUGUCAACGUCGCCACCUCAAAUGAUCAACACGACGCUGUCACAAUUCGGCAUCAACACAGCAGCAACUCCAAAUACGUCGUUAUCUGCAUAUAAUCUUCAACAUCUGGCAUCUAGCAACAACCUCAAUAACAAUCCACAAUCUAAUGGCAUAUCACCGUUUGUGUUACAUUCAAAUCAGCAACAACUUCAGCAGUUAGCACUAUCACCUCCAAUUGUAACAUCUCAAUUAGUCAUGCCCUCAGGCGCAUCUUACGUCAAUAACGUUCCCGAUAUCAACACCAACACGUUCAGAUUGCAUCAGAAUAAUAUGCCAAUGGACGCCUACAACAACACUCAGUUCAUGUCAACGUCGCCACCUCAAAUGAUCAACACGACGCUGUCACAAUUCGGCAUCAACACAGCAGCAACUCCAAAUACGUCGUUAUCUGCAUAUAAUCUUCAACAUCUGGCAUCUAGCAACAACCUCAAUAACAAUCCACAAUCUAAUGGCAUAUCACCGUUUGUGUUACAUUCAAAUCAGCAACAACUUCAGCAGUUAGCACUAUCACCUCCAAUUGUAACAUCUCAAUUAGUCAUGCCCUCAGGCGCAUCUUACGUCAAUAACGUUCCCGAUAUCAACACCAACACGUUCAGAUUGCAUCAGAAC